AUGGGGCCAAGGGGGCCGAAGGGGCCGAAGGGGAAGGCGGCGAAGGCGGCGAGGGCUUCGCUGCUCUGCCUCUGCUUGCUCCUUGAAGCGGAAGCGCAGGCUUUGGAUCUUGGAGCAGCUGAGACGCAGCUGGCACCUUGUGCAGAGCUGCUUCUCGAACGCAAUGGCCAGAGCGAUGAGCUGAUGGCUUGCCGCGUUCCCCUGCUUGGCUCGCUUCAUAACGACCAGAUUCCUGGGUACAGAUACAAUGUCACAGAAGACUGCCACUUCUGGGCAAGCUAUGCAGCCAGGGAUCGUCACGUCGAGGGCUCGAGCAUUCUGGACUUCACUCGAUUGGCGGCAUUCCGCUUAAAUUCUCCGUUUAUCCCUCCCCUGCAGCAGAAUGGCACUGCCCUCUACAUCGGUGCCCAUCGUUCGGGAGACGACGGCCUGGUGUUCCAGCGUCGACAUGGGUUGCAGAUGCACUUGUUUGAACCUUCUCCGACAUACUUCCACAUGCUGAGAGACUCCUUGGCCGGAGCCCCUGGCUUCAUUCUUCACAACUAUGGCCUGGGUUCAAAGACCCGCCGGGCACUUCUGCGCCUGAGUGGGACUGCAUCUCGAAUCGUGAACAUGACUCAUACGGGUGCAGACCUGGAGGAUGACCUGGAGGACGAACUCGACGAAGGAGGGGAUCCAGAAGGCACCGAAACGGUAUGGAUUCGUUCAGCUGCCGAAGCGAUUCCAGAGGUUUUGGCAGAGGAUAGGACAGGCUUUGUGGAGUUGCUUCAUGUGAACUGUGAAGGUUGCGAGUAUGAUGUUGUGCAGGGCCUCAGCCAGACGGGACAGCUCUUUAGAGUUGGUCAGAUUCAGCUCGCUACGCACCUGUUGGAGUAUACCGGGCCUGCAUCCGAUUUUCAGGAGGCGCUCUCCUUGUCUUUGCAGAUCUCUGUUAAGCGCUAUUGCGAAAUGCACCAGACACUUUCACUCACACAUGAUCGUGCGUGGGGUUUGCCCUGGGUCUGGGAGCGGUGGACACGCCGUGAUGUAAGAAAAGCGCUCUGCAGUCGAGAGGGCAGCAUUGCUGUGCAUUUGGGGCCCACGACUUGA